GACAGCCUCUGAAAAAAUCUUCAAGAUUACCUGUACUAUUUAUAAUCCUUUCCAUCUACUUAUUCUCCAUCGUCUGUGUCUUUUUUUCUUCUUGGUUCAGUGCUAUCGAUUUUGGUUGAUCUUCUUGUAGCGAGAGGAAGAUGGUUCGAGUGAGCAACAACCUAAUAGGCAUUCUAAACUUUGUGACGUUCCUGCUCUCGAUUCCGAUCUUGGGAGCAGGAAUAUGGUUGGCAAACCGAGCCAGCAGCGACUGCGAGAAGUUCCUCGAGAAGCCCGUUAUCGCUCUUGGAGUGUUUCUCAUGGUGGUCUCUCUCGCCGGACUCAUCGGUGCAUGCUUCAGAGUCUCAUGGCUUCUCUGGCUUUACCUUCUUGUGAUGUUCCUCCUCAUAGUUCUUCUCUUCUGCUUCACGAUCUUUGCUUUCGUGGUGACUAACAAGGGWGCUGGAGAGGUGUUGUCAGGUAAAGGGUAUAAGGAUUAUAAGUUGGGGGAUUAUUCCAACUGGUUGCAGAAGAGGGUUAACAACAACAACAACUGGAGGAAGAUCAAGAGUUGCUUGAUGGAUAGCCAUGUCUGCAAGAGUCUCAAUGACACUACUUCCGAACCGAUGGAAGAAUUUUACGCCCGGCAUUUGUCUUCAAUUCAGUCGGGCUGCUGUAAGCCUCCAACAGCAUGUAAUUUCCAAUACGUGAGCCCAACAGUCUGGACGAAAACCAAUACAACCAGCUUGCUUUCUGAUUGCAAUAACUGGGACAAUCCCACAGGCUCGCUCUGUUUCAACUGCGAUUCUUGCAAGGCUGGAGUACUUGACAAUCUCAAGAAGGACUGGAAGAAGGUGGCUGUCGUGAACAUUAUCUUCCUCAUCUUCCUCAUUAUUGUCUACUCUGUUGGCUGUUGUGCUUUCAGGAACAACAGAGAGGACAAUGCAUACCCCAGAUGGAAGGGAUACCCUUAGAUCACUGAUUUAGAUUCGACUAGUCUUAGAGAGUUGGACAGAGUGAUGUAUCCUCAUUAAUAUUUUGUUUUUUGUUUCUUUCUAUGCUGAGUUACAGAGAUGUGUUUAUUACUUUAUUUUGCUUGUCUUGUAUAGAUAAUCUCUGUAUGCUAGUUUGAUUAUUGGUAUCAUAUCCAGCUUAGGUUUGUGCA